CCGAACCGUUUGUGUGUUACUACCAACUUGAGAAACAUUCAAAAGCCAUUUCAUUCCUUUCUUCUUAUCCUCUUUUACUUUGUCUUAACUACCUCUUCUCCACCGCUUUCUUACUCUCUCACUUUCAAAAAAAAAAGCACGAUACCGUUCUCUCUUCCUGCCUUUCUUCCAGCAUAUCAAGCAAGCAAGCAUGUUACCCCCAGUAGAUGCCAGUGUCCUGAUCGACCGAUGUAACCAAGAUGACCUGACACUCUCCAAGGCCCUUCAUGGGCCUUCUUGGAAUGACGUGCAAAACCAAACAUCGUUUCUUUCAAAACUCAACAAGAAAGACAAGGAGUACCAGGCCGCGGUUGUCAAUGACUACCUCGAAAACUGGAAAGAGGCCAAACCGGAAAACGAAACAGAGCAGGAUCGGGAGCAGAGAGCCUGUGCUUACAAGGCUGUCGCCAACUCUUUCUACGAUCUCGCCACGGAUUUUUAUGAGUAUGCUUGGGGAACAUCCUUCCACUUUUGUAGGUUCCGUCCCCGCGAGCCCUUCCAUCAGGCCAUUGCUCGCCAUGAGCAUUAUCUGGCCGCCAACAUGGGUGUCCGGCGCAGCUGGAAAGUCCUCGAUAUCGGCUGUGGCGUCGGCGGUCCCGCUCGCGAGAUCGGGUACUUCACCGGUGCCCACAUUACAGGGCUCAACAACAAUGACUACCAGAUUGCGCGCGCGAAGCGCUAUGCAGUGACCUUUGGACUCGCUGCCAAAUCUGACUUUAUCAAGGGUGAUUUCAUGAACAUGCCCAUUGAGAACAACUCCUUCGACGGCUGCUACGCCAUCGAGGCUACGGUCCACGCGUCGUCAUUAGAAGGCGUCUAUGGUGAGGCGUUCAGGAUCUUGAAGCCUGGCGGAGUCUUUGGAUGCUACGAAUGGCUCAUGACGGACAAGUAUGAUCCGAUAAACCCAGAGCACCUGCGCAUUGUCCGUGGACUUGAGGUUGGCAAUGGUAUCGCCAAGAUGGUUACGGUGAAGGACUGUCUCAAGGCGCUCGAGACAGUGGGUUUUAAGAUUGAGAUUGCCAAGGACAUGGGUGCGACGGACGACAAGAUCAAGUGGUACUACCCUCUCGAAGGUGAUAUCCGUCAAGCCAACGCGUUCUGGGACUAUCUGGUUGUGUUGAGGACAACGACUGCUGGACGCUCGGUGACUACGUAUAUGGUCAAGAUGUUGGAGAGCUUAGGAUUGGUCGCUCCCGGAAGCGCCAAGGUGUCGAGCAUCCUGCAGACCGCUGCGGACUCUGUCCUUGAGGGCGCGCGUUUGGGUAUCUUUACUCCCAUGUACUUUUUCGUCGCCAAAAAGCCGGAGGUGUAGAAUGAGUCCCUGCGACUCUGUUCUUCAGUCCACAAUUCGUUCUCAUCCACAUUCCUCAUUUUGAUAUAAUGUCUGAAGCUUUAACACUAGUGACAAUAAUACAUUCUAGGCCUCUCCACAUCCAUGUUGCUGCUCGAA